AUUGCGUGAACGUCGACAGAGUGCAAUAAAAUUGACAGAUGUUUGUGGAUAGCAAUGGCUACCUGGGUAUUCCAAAUCCUCGGAGGGUUCGUUCUUAGUCGAGAGCAUCAGCUAUUCCGGUCUACAUAUCACGCGAUCACACGAUGGAAACUUUACUGCGACAAUUGAGUAUUUGCACCGAGUUGAUUGCAAAAGGUUCCGCAUGCGCUGCAGGACAUAUUGCCUGGCUAAAUGAGUUCUGUGCCACAUUCCUGGACUUUGCCAGUAAACUCAAAGCCCACCUGCCAGAAGUGGCCCCAAGAUGGCCACCAGAAGGCGGCACCAAUAUAGACGUAGAGACGAUCUUCCUAUGCCUCACCCAGGUUGUUACUUGCAUCACUCAGCUGGAAAGGACCAUCAACAUCGAAAGCACCUUCGGGCACGAGACAACGCCAAUGACCCGACUGCACUUCCUUGAUCGAAUCGACUGGUGUGUGCGUCGGAUCUAUGUCUCCCUGUCGCAGUUGGAUCUACAGCAGGAGAGCGGCAGUGGUGCAGCAAAUAGCUUGGAGGAUCACACAUUUGUUGAGUUAAUGGACCUGGCGCUGGAUCAUCUGGAAGCCUUCAUGGAAAGGCUCGCGAACAAUACUGCCACCAAUAUCCUGUAUAUCGAGGCAGAAAAUGAAACUGAUGACGGCCACCAGCUCCAGCUCGGCAGCAUAGUUAAUCAUAUUGUCAGGCAUGCCCUUGCAUUUUCCAACGUUGCCCUAGAAGCCGACAAGAAGGCACUAUCAGAACUGUGCGAGACAUUGCUGAGUGAAUGCGUUACCUUCCUCGAGGAUUCCGGGGAUCUCAAUCCGGGUCAUCGCAAGCUAGAAGCCCUGUCGCUGGAGCGUGCCCUCUAUGGGUUGGAAACAUUUCUGAAUGAGGCUCUGUUGCAUUUGAUCUUUGCUAGUCUUGUCGAGCUGAAAAAUACUCCCAUCAAGAAGCUUAGGCAUGCCCCACAGGAGCAAGAAUCGGAAUCUGGAUUAACUGAGAAACUAGUUUUCGAUUUCGACACGAAUAUGGACCGCAUUCAACAGAUCGGAGUCCUGGCCAUCGCCUUCUCGCAGGACGUCAAAACCAAGACAAUUGUGCGUAGCUGCCUGGCCUCGUUGGAGUCCUUGGACGCAUGCAUUGUUCCAGCGCUGCAAUCGUCGGCCCUCCACCAUGCAGAUAUACUGGAGCACCACUUCAACGAGGAGAUCCUGAUUUUCCGCAAUCUCAUACACGAAAUCAUCGACAGUCGUUCGCUCAUCAACAACUAUCUGGACAUGCUCGCGGAAAGUAUCCACAUAGCGGGGAAGAGCUCUCCCAGAGACUACCUGCUAAUUGUUCAAAUGGGCAGUGUCUUGGAAGAGCACUUUCGCCUGCCGGUAAACUACUCUGAGCUCAGCGAAGACGGGAAGCGCGUGCACAAUGACUUUAUACUGAUAUUGCGCGAGUGUCUUGCUGUAGUCAGCCUGGCCACUCCUGUCGACCCCAAACGUAUUGUUAAACGUUUGAAAAUAUUGUACUCCGUUUUGGCAAAGCUGCGCAAUGUUAUAGAUAAGAGCAAGAACGUCCACGACUCUUCUGUAUUUAAUGUAAGCUCGAGAAGACAGAUUACCAAUGCCACCCGAACCCUGCUGCGUAGCUGCAAGUCAAAAUCCAAAAGACAGCGCUCAUUUGUCAGACAAAGUCGGGACUGUCUUGUACCCAAUCCACAGAAUUAUACCAUUUCAAAUUCCAUAACAAAUGAUGUGGAUCUUAUAAGUUUUCAGCUCACGGAAAUUCUCCGAAUAAAUUGAACUUGAAUUAAUAUAGCCAUAAGAAUAAAUAUUUCAGUGGCAGCCGGGGAAUACAAAUGCCAGAUAUAGGUCAAG